GCACGGACAUAUGCGACCUUCAUCAUCGCCCUAAUUAUUUGCUUCCAGCUCCAAGUAGGAGCGCUCACAACCACACGCGAUAAAGUUACAUUUCUAGCGCUCUGCACGGGCUAAACUCUGAAACUAUUUUGUACCAUAUUUGAAAACUGAUCCGAGGACGUCUUAUCUAAGUGAUCCGCGCGAAGGCGAAUUUGAACCGAUGUCUUCGGGCCAACAUAUUUCUACAACUUGCAACUGAGACAACUCAGCACUUCAUCUUCAACAAAGCAGCGAUACCAUAGAAAGAACAGACUGAUAUUCAUAGUACUAGCGACCGCAUUAUACAUAGCGACACGUCAUGAUGCAUUUUUGACACUGCAACCGGCCCUUGAACGACAUCGCAGGCUAUUUGCUCGUACAGAUUCGACUCUUUUAACUUACAGAUACUAGGUUUAUUCCCGAACCCCGCCCCCUCCCGUCAUGUCUUCCUCGAAUCGGCCCGCCGGAGCGUCGCUGCGCAACCGCACGCUCUCGGCCGGGCGCGCCGACAGCGACGCGAUCAGGGCUCUUGACCUGAACAGCGACGACCAGCAAAACACCCGCGGGUUCGGCGGCUCGACGCGCAAGAAGCAGCAGGGGCGGCGGAAUUCCACUGGGGAGCCCGGCUUUUCCUCCAGCCGGCGGGGUAGCAAAAAUACCGACCAAGCCGGGUUUCUGGCGCCCAGCUCCCGCCAGUACGAGCAGGAAAAACUAAUCGAUGUCGAGGCCGGGCGGAUUAGCAACUACGACGAGGAUGGCGUCGGGGAGGGUAUUGACGUCGAGCCGAACAUCCAGCGGAUACCCGGGGUGAACGAGGCGGUGUUCGAGGAACUGAAAGAGCCCAUGCUGAACGAGGAGGAGCAGGAGCAGUUCCGGAACAUGGUCCUCCACGGGGAUCUGGAGGGCGUUCGGGGCACGGGCAGGCAGGACGACGAACAAACCCUCCGGUCGGAUAUCACCUCCCCCUCACAAGCACCGCGGUACGCCGCCGAAGAUUACCAGGAAGCGAUCACCAAACCCGGGAAGCUCGGCCUGGAAUGGAGGAACCUCACCUUCACGGUGAACGGGAACAAAAACAUCUUGAAAAACUGCUACGGAAAGCUCUACCCCGGGCAGGUCUGUGCAUUGAUCGGGCCCAGUGGGGCGGGCAAAUCAACAUUGAUGAAUUUAUUGGCGGGGAGACAAGGGUGGACCGGAAACGGGGUAGAAAUGACGGGCGAAGUCAGGUAUAGGAUUUGUGCUUUUUGUCUUUUUUCAUAGAAGAUAAAGCCAUAGCUAAUGCUCAUUCAAGAUUUUUUUUUCCGUCCUGAACAGCGAAGAUCGGAUCAUCACUGUUGAUGCGAAAGAAACAAACUUCCGCAUUGCGUAUACGGAUUUUCACUCAGGAAAAAAUUGACUUUUUUCGAAGAAACAUGUACUUACUAACAACCUCACCCCCACUCCCACAGAUACGGCGGCAAGCGUGUUGACUUCCAAGACCUGAAGUCGAGUAUAGCGUACGUGAUGCAGCAGGAUGCCAUUCUCGGGACCCAGACCGUGAUGGAGACGUUAGUGUUCGCGGCCCGCAUGAAGCUGCCGGCGGGCAUCGAGAAGGAGCAGCUGAUGGCCAACGUCGAGCAAACGCUGAAGCAGCUGGACCUGUGGGAGCACCGGGAUGUUCCGAUCGGCGACGCGUUGCGGAAGGGGAUUUCCGGCGGGCAGAAGAAGCGGGUGUCGGCCGCCCUGGAACUCCUGACGCGACCCUCGGUGAUGUUUUUAGACGAGCCCACGUCCGGGUUGGAUUCUUUCUCUUCCCUGAAGUUGAUCGCGGAGCUGAAAAACAUCGCCAUCGAGGAGGACGUAUCAAAUGUAAAAAUGUCAGGGUCUGGAAACUUGUGAUGCUGGGUGGUGUCUCAUGAUGAGGCUACAAAUGCUGGCUCAGCAUGACAAGUUUCUGAGCUUCUAGGUGUUGCCUAUUCUGCAUGACAAACUGCGUUCCUGCAUCACAGAAAAAUGGAGCUCUUGGGUAACGUGCGUGACAGAUUUAAGAGUCAUGCCAGACAAGCAUGACAAACAUGCACUCUUCCAGACCCAGACACUUUUGCACUUGAUAGGGCGCGAUCAUUUGCGCGACCAUCCACCAGCCGUCGUCCGAGAUUUUCGACAACUUUGACCGGGUGAUCUGCAUGCGGGACGGCUAUCCUGAGUAAAAACGUCCCCACCCCAGAGUUGUAAUGCAAAUCUGCAUGCCCAUGCCAAAAAAGUUUCUCAUGCGGAGCCCCAUGAGAAGCUUUUUCUAGGCGUGUUUUGGAGUCUGUGAUGCUACAAUCAGCAUCAUAUGCUAGAUAUGUGAUGCUUCUGGACUAGCUAAACAGCAUUAUACUACGAGGCAAAACUUGUCAUGCGCAACAGCCAAAGGUGGCUGAUUUGUGUAGCAGGUCUCCCAUUUUGACUCUGGGGUGGGGACGUUUUUGCUCAGGAUAGCGGCGAAAUCAUGUUCAACGGCUACAACGGGAAGGCGGCCGAGAUCCUCGUGCAGGAAGAGCAGCUCGCGCGGGGCGCCUUGUCCGUCGGCAUGGUGAACGCCGCAAUGGCCGGAGCAGAGGAGCAGAUGAGCAUUUACACGAUCUUAGGCUUCCUCGAUUUGAUCGUGCGCCAGCCGUUGCCGACGGGGUAUAACACCGCGGAUUGGCUGCUCUACCACGCCCAGUCCAUGCCCCACGACGAGGCCCGAGAGGUCAUCGAGCAGUGCGCGCGCGCGUACGAGUUGCGCAACCACGGCUACAGCCCAGAGCGGAUCCCGCUCAUUGAGUACAGGGACUUGGUGUGCAACGACCUCCCGAUCCAAAAUGUGAUGUCCUUAGAUAAGAAAGCCGUUUUCUGGGCCAACGGGUCAGGGUAUAAUCCUUUUGUGGUUUAGGUUUUGUUUUCGAUGACUUAGAUUUCGAUUCGCAUGAGACAUGAACACGCCGGCUCUCGCUCUUGUCCUGUUUGAGUACUUACACUGACACUGCGUGUAGUUGCCCUUGCGUUUUGCUGCUCGAUCUCUUCAACUGUACUAUACCAUGAUGCUGAUGAUCUUCCCCAACGGACGAACUACAUCAGGACCGGAGGGCAGAUGGCGGGCAUGCAGCGACAAGGCAUUACGGACGAUCUUUUCACCCUGCACGAAGACAAGCCGCUCUCCAAUCAGGCAAACUCUUCUACCGGCACAACAACGGCCCAGAAACGGAAUUCGUACCGCCAGGAGCCUGAAAUCGAGGUAAUUGGAUCCUUCAAUCCGCAGAAAGCGGUCGUCCCAGAGCACGCCGAGGAGGAGAUCCACGAUUACGCGGAAGUUGGCGCGGUGCCAGACGCGUUAAAAAGAAAACACCUCGAUGCGAAGUGGAUCCAGAAGCACCCGGAGAGCCAGGAACUGAUGCUGAUCGCGCAGAAGCAGAACGGGCUGUGUUUCCAGCUCUGUUUUCUCACGCACCGGGAGUUAAUCCACCGAAUUCGCGACCCGUGGAUCCUGUUCUUCCGGUUUCUGAUCCCGACCCUGCAGGUCUGCCUUUUCGCUAUCGGUUUCGCGGAUGUUGGGAGGCAGGUCGCGGAAGGCCUCUACGACAAGGAGGGCACGCCUAUGCUGAGUAAAAACGUGGUCCCCACCCGAGAAUUGUCAUGCAAAUCUGCAUGCCAACAAAGUUUCUCAUGCGGAGCCCCAUGAGAAGCAUUUUCUAGUCGUGUUGUGGAGUUUGUGAUGCUAGAAUCAGCAUGAUGUGCUAGAGCUGUGAUGCUGCUGCGCUAGCGAAACAGGAUCACACUAUGAGGGCAAGAAACUUGUCACGCGAAACAGCGAAAGCUGGUUGAUUUGUGUAGCAGAAUUUCCAACUCAACCCUGCUGUGGGGACGUUUUUACUCAGGAUAACGCCCAUCACGACGGCACAGCAGUACGGCGAGAAGAUCCGAGAGUUGUACGGUGCCGCGAACAACAUCAUCUGGAUUCUCAUGUUCAGCACCGCGACCGGGUUUACGCUGACGAUCCCACAGGAGCGGGCGAUCUUUCUCCGGGAAUACCACAGUAAUCUCUACGGCGUCAUACCCUACAUCGUCUCCAAAAUCGUCAUCGAGGUCGUCAUCAUCCUCGCACAGACCGCGUGGCUGCAGAUGAUCCCCUACCUUGCGUGGGGCAUGAACAGCAAUUUCUUCUACCUGUGGGGUGUCACCUUCCUGCUCGGGAUGGGCGGUUCCGCAAUCGGGCUGUUCCUCGCUGCCGCCAACUGCAACGCGCCGGAGCGCUCGGUGAUGAUGACGCCGAUUUUUCUGUCGUCCGUCCCUAAUGUCUUCUCCGGGGCCUUCCGUCCCGUAGCGGAGAUGCCGCAGUGGAUGGCAUGGCUGGCCUACGCCAUCCCGUCCACUUACGGUCUGCGUCUGAUCGGGUUCAUAGAAAAUAUGGGCUGGAUCGAAUCUCACUUGGAAGGUUCGAACCCGCAGCAGUUGGCCCUGUUCACCGAUGCAAGGGACGCCUGGUGGGGCCGACACAACAUUUCGUACGGAAUCGUGGGAAUCUACGCCGUCGGUUUGAUAUCUGUGGUGAUGGCCAUGAUGGUUUUGUCCGUCAUAUUCCUCAAGUGUGGGUCCAGAAGCUUGUACAUGUAG